AUGUGGUAUUGGCAUGGGGACCCAAAGGGGAUUUAUACAGUAAAGGGCGCUUACCGUGAUUUAAUGGGGACCGUUAUUGUACUUCCCAGUGGCUUUUCAUCUUGGAAUAAAAUUUGGAAUCUAAAGGCACCCCCUAAGUGGAAGGUUUUCUUGUGGAGAGCGGUGAGGGGAGUGCUUCCCACCACUAUGAAUUUAUAUAAUAGGAGGGUAGAAGCCCCAUUAGCAUGCCCUUUGUGUGCUCUAUGUUCUGAAAAUGUUUUACACUCUUUGGUACAAUGUGAUUAUUCUAAAUGUGUGUGGAAUAUUUCGAGUUUAAUGGUGCAGAGUACGGUGGGUGAUGAUUUUGGUGCAUGGCUUGAGUUGUUAUUGCAAAAUGUUGAUGAGGAGCAGUUCACUUCUAUGGUGGCCAUUAUGUACCAUAUUUGGUUGCAACAGAACUCGGCGGUAUGGGAGCUUAAGGUGGGAAGGCCACGACACGUGCAUGCAAGGGCGUUGGCAUCCCUUGACGUUUGGCGUGCGGCCGCGGUUGGCACGGGUCUACAGCAGCAGUCCGACGCACCAAGUGCCACUGCUGGGCAGUCAGCCGCGCUACUGUGGUGUUCUUUCGAUGCGGCUUUCUCGGCCGCAACAAGGAGUGGGGCGUAUGGCAUUGUGUUGCAAGACGCGGAUGUUGGUUUCAUUGCAGCCAAAAACGGACCUCUACCGUUAUGUCAGGGACCCUUUAUGGCGGAGACUUAUGCGUGUAAGGAGGCCCUAGCCUGGCUUAGAGAUCGUGGGAUUAUGGAAGUUGUGCUUCGGUCAGAUUGUUCGAACUUGUGUCACGCUCUUGUUAAUUCAGCGACAGAGUUUCGCACGUAUGAUGGUGUAGCUGUUUCAGCAUGUCGAGACUUGAUAAAUUUAUUUCUUUCUUGUUCUGUUAUUUACAUUCCCCGUACUUCAAAUGUUUUAGCUCAUUCGUUAGCUGAAGCAGCCUCUUUACAUGCUUACUCUUCGGUGUGGGAGGAUGUUCCUCCUGCUUUUGUUUCGGCUUUGAUUGAUUAA